GAAAAACAUAGACAAACAUGAAGUUCAUAUUGAUCUUGUUCUGCAUUGUUGUGGCUAUAGCGGCCGCACCAGCUAAAGAGAACGGCUCCAAAAUCGAAGAGAAAUCCGUUCCAGACGCUAAGGAUGCCAAAGCGGAGAAAUUACCAGAGCCUGUUAAAGAAAGUGAAGAAGUUCUAAGACUUAAAGAACAUCUUAAGGCACUUCAAGAAGCUCAUCUAAGAUUUAUUGAGGGUCACAAAGUUUUCAGUUACGCUUUUAACAGGCCAUGGUCUUUUAGGACACCUUACUAUUUUCCUUUUGUUAAUCCUUUCUACUAUUAUAUCUAAAUAAACUUUUAUAAACACUCGAUGUUUAUAAAAGUUUGAAAAAAAAAUAAAAUAAAAUAAAUUUUUGUA